GCUGGACAAAACCUUCACUUGUACGUGACUGCUUUCGAUGGGCAACUCCUUGCGAAGACGGAAGUUAACGUAAACAUUUUGAAUGAGUCAUUGCGUUAUAACCCUUCGAAAUCCAAUAGACCUCCAUUUUCCCUCGGCCAGAAUGCGAAUAUAUUCAAAUAUCCCGGAGUUCUUCCACCGAAACCACCUCCACUUCCUCCAUCACUGCCUGAUUACACCAAUAAUCCCCCUCCCGAAAUAUCUAAUAAUCCCUAUAUACAACGGCAGCAUAUUUUCCAACAAAAAACUUAUCCAGAACAAAAUACCAGAAAACCUGAGAGAAAAUCUGACAAAAAUGUAGCAACCAUUCUCAAACCUGUGGAAAUUGAGAAAGAGGUUGACAAUAAUUUGUCGGAGAAGACUGAAAGUAUCACUAAUACUCAGAAACCCACAACUGCCAGGCCAGUAAAUAAAGACAUAGAAUCAACAAAUGAAUUGUUAGCAGUUGAUCAGUCAGUUAAGUCUCUUCCAGAAUUAACUGCUACAGUUAUACCUAUAGCGUCAGUGUUUGCAGUAUUUUUAACAGUCGGAGUUAUCGCCAUGGUGUUCAGGAAAAAAAUAUACUUAGGAAAGCCCAAAGAUUCUAAGGAAGAUAUGAGAAAAGAAUCGUCAGGAGGAAUAGUUCUCCGUGAGAGUCCAGGAUUAAACCUUCAGGAAUGGAGAGGAGUAAGAGCGUUCAGUAAUCGUUAUGAACCAUGGCAGAAUGACUCAAAUCAUACUCAGCUGGACAAUCAAGAAUCUAUUGAAAUAAAAAAUAUUGAUCAAUGGGAAUUUCCAAGACAUCGUUUGAAAUUUUUCAACAUAUUAGGAGAAGGGGCAUUCGGUCAAGUUUGGAAAUGUGAGGCUGUAGAUUUAGACGGGAAAGAUAGCGGUGUUUCUGUGGUCGCUGUAAAGACCCUUAAAGAAAACGCCAACGAAAAGGAAAGAUCGGAUCUUAUCUCUGAACUUCAAGUUAUGAAAAUGCUUGACCCACACCCAAAUGUUGUAAGGCUGCUCGGCUGUUGCUCGGAUAAAGAACCAAUAUUUCUCAUUAUGGAGUACAUAACUAAAGGAAAACUACAAAGUUACUUGCGAAAUUCUAGAGCAGAAAGGUAUUAUAACAAUAUGCAUGGACACAGCAAGUCCCUAACGUCACAGGAUUUGACUUCGUUUGUACACCAGGUAGCCAAAGGCAUGGAAUUCCUUUCAAAAAAUGGAAUUAUACACAGGGACCUAGCAGCGAGAAACAUUCUUAUUACAGAAGACCAUACGUGCAAAGUAGCUGAUUUUGGGUUUGCAAGAGACGUUAUUGCUUCGCACAUUUACGAAAGGAAAAGUGAAGGGCGUUUACCAAUAAGGUGGAUGGCACCUGAGUCACUCUACGAUAAUAUUUUUUCUGUAAAGUCUGAUGUAUGGAGUUUUGGUGUGCUGAUAUGGGAAGUCGUCACUUUGGGAAGUACGCCUUAUCCUGGAAUGUCUGCAGCUGAUGUUAUGAAGAAGGUGAGAGAUGGAUAUCGCCUUGAUAAACCAGAACAUUGCAGAAGAGAGUUGUACAACAUAAUGUACUACUGUUGGGAUAAGGAUCCCAAACAAAGACCAUCUUUCACGGAAUGUGUUGAACUAUUGGAAAAACUUCUAAUGACUGAGACAGACUACAUUGAGCUGGAACGGUUUCCGGAUCACUCCUACUACAAUAUGAUGAGCUUAAGUGGCGAAAAACUAUAAACAUUCGUUUCGUAACAUUUGUUCCUUUUGUGUAUAUUAAGAAAUUGGUAGUGUUGCUAUUUAUUUAAAUAAGUAUUAUGUAGGGCUAGACUAGCUAAAACGCAAAUGUUUUAUUUUGCCUCUUAGACAAGGCUAUUGUAUAACUGUGAUAAUGUAAACUGGAUAGGAAGGUAAUGUAUAGGGUACAAAUCUAGAAGAUAUUGCUAAAUUGUUUAUCAAAGUUUAAUGCCACUAAAAUUGUUUUAGUUUCCAUAUAGGCUUCUAGAUUUUCCAGUCGUGUUGAUAUUGCAAUAAUAUAUUUGAAUAUUUCGUCUUGGUUAGUACUGACGAAUUAAUAUUCAUUUCGUUUCUACGACAACUUUAUGCUAUGCUUUUUGAUCCUUUUCUAGCCUCUUUAUUUAUUUCGUAUUUUUGAUCCCUUUGUUUACCAAUCUCCUUUCCACGAAUUUUUUCCUAAUGUUCCUCUUUUCCGUCUAUUGCUGUUUCAGAAGUAUUGACUUCUGUUCUCAUAUUUUGUCCAUAACAUUAAAACCUUCUAUUUUAUAAACCAAAAUGAUAUAUUUUGGUUUAUUAUAUCUAUUCCCAUUUAUUUUUCUAACCCAAUUUGCUUCUCCUCGUUAUUCUUCUCAGAUGUACAGGGUGAUUCAGAACUUAUCAAACAAAAAAAAAACAUUUUGCAUGUACAGGGAACUCU